GCUAUUUACCCAUUUUCCUAUGCAGGAAUACGAGGUAGGACGGACUAUCAAACACUACCUCUGCUGUUCAGCUGUCGGACACACUGCGACUUGAUUCACGAUGUGUCGAUGUCCCAUCACCAGCUGUUCCUUUCUAUGCGAACGCGGCCGCAACCAUGGCUACGCAGAGAAGCGAAACUAUGACCUCAAGUCCAACUCUGGUCUCCAGGCCAAUCACGAAUACCAGCUCCACAAACGUUUCGGCCGCGACUGGCGUACCCUUUGAGUGCGAGCUUCAGCUCGCCCAUGACCUGGAAUACCUUCCCACCGGCGUGGAUGAGAAGCGUCGCGUGUUGCUCCGGCGGGAUUCCGACUAUCAAACCCUCCCCGGCCAGCCUCGCGUGCGGUUAAACUCCGUCCAGUUGCCGGAAUACCUGCUGGAACAUUCUAUCAUUGACUUUUUCGACACCCAUCUUAUAAGGGUGCGGCAACAUGCCCCCUACGAUGGCAUCUCGUGCUUGCAUGAGCAAGGGGUUCUCGGCCUCCGAGUGAUCUUGACGGAACGGAUCCGCCUGCACCUAAUACGGACGGACGAUCGCAUGUUUAUCCGACCGCUCCCCUCCUAUCUGACGUCCUUUGCAUUUUGGGAGUUCCUCCUAGACGAGGAGAACGAAUCAUUAAGUCCGGAUGAUCGAAUGCGCAUUGUGCACAACACAUUUGGCUUUCUCCGGACCUACUACUACCUCAUCCGUUAUCCGUCCGAUUUCCGGCUGGCGCAGAAGUUGGGUCUACUCCCGGCGGAUAUCGCAUUCGAACCGUUCGCGCAUUUCAUCGCGGCGUUUUCGGACCUGGCGAAUGAUGUGUUGCUGGAAAAGGCGCCCCGAUGGACGUUCGGCGAGCUGGACCUGAGCCAUCUGAACUCGGCGUCGCUGGUAUGGCGGUGGCAUAAUUACUUCAACCUUUACCCCUUCCGAAACCAUGUGCUCAUCAACAAAUACUACGGCCCGGUGUUGUUCCUGUUCGCUACCUUUAGCGUUGCAUUGUCUGCGAUGCAGGUAUGGGCACAGCUCUUGGACCUCCAGGACUAUGAUUCGGAGAAAGAGGCCUCUGGGGUGGGGUUUAUGUGGUGGUUUGCGAUGGAAAGCAUCGGCUAUUCUUUUGCGUUGGGCGCCUGCUUCCUGUUUGCCUACCUCUGGACUGCCUCCGUUGAUGCCAGAAGGGCCAAUCGGGCUAUGAAGAAAUGGAAACGAGAGACAGGGGCCAACCACGACCAACCAAGUCUAGCAAGGUCAUUUUUGAGCAGAUGGCUAAAAUAACGGACGUGUCUGCUAGGCCCACUGGGGGAGUUUAGGCUACAAACUAAUGCCCUCAAAUGCUGAGAGAUCACGGAGACUUGGGCAGCAAGUUGCGCAGCGUGAGGUCGUACACCACAUCUUCAACCUCCUUCAUCU